AUGAUGUAUGUAGCAGCCUUUCCAUCAAGAGCCGAGGUGGACUUGGUUUUCCCGCGUAACGAGACCUACGCUCCAAUCGCACUUUUCCCUAUUUUGUUUGCCUUCCAAAGCCCGAAACUGGUCGCCGCCAUGGAUCCUGAUAUCUAUGUCACACUUUAUACUGGAACUUAUCCCAACAUCGCUACUAUUCACACCAGUAUUGAUGGGCAGGCUGACGGGAUGAAUUUAUAUUACAACAAUUUCUCCAGCAGUGACCCAAUGUAUGUUCACUUAUACACCACUGCACUGAAUGCGAGACAUGAUCCAGGGACAUUGUAUCACCUUGAAUGGAAUUUCUCAGGCGGCAACUGCUCCAACAACACUUCAUCAGAGGAAUUCACCGAUGACUCUGUACAACUUGAGGACACGGAAUUCUCUAAUACUCUCGACUUCACUGUCCAAAACGGCGCGCAAUAG